AUGAAUAAUAAAGGGACAUUCAAGAACAGGGAUAUCAAUACUUUUUUAACUAACUAUCCAAUAUUAGAUAAAUAAACUAAAAAACCAUUUGAAUAUUUGAAUCUCGCUUAUUCCAAACAAUUUGAUUAUUCCCCUAUUAAGAAAUAAUCUUACUCUUCUAAAGCCAAUGAAACUUAAUAUAAGAGUCUCUAAGAAACUUCAUUUCUAAGAUAAAACACUUUACCCAAUUAUGAACCAACAAGAUGUUCUAGUUUGAAAAAUGGAAUCAUAAAAGCUUAUGCAGCAAAUACAAAUUAAGGAUUAGUUAGAGAUUACAAUGAAGAUAGAGUCUCAAUUAUCUUAAACAUUAUAAAACCAUAAAGUAGAGAAAAUGAACAAUGGCCAAAAUGUUCAUAUUUUGGAGUAUAUGAUGGACAUGGUGGUUCUGCAUGUUCAGAUUUUUUAAGAGAUAACUUACAUUAAUUUGUAGUAAAGGAACCAGAAUUUCCAUGGAAUCCUAUUAAUGCUAUAACAAAAGGAUUUGAAGCAGCAGAAAAAUGCUUUUUAUAAAUGGCUUAAGAUUCAUUCAAUAAAGGUAUCCCAGAAAGAAGUGGAUCAUGUGCAAUUGUAGUAUUAAUCAUUGGUGAUACAUGUUAUGUAGCAAAUGUAGGAGAUAGUAGAGCUAUAUUGAGUGCAGAAAAUGGAAAAAAAGUUAUUGAUCUUUCAAAAGAUCAUAAACCAGAAUUAGAGAAAGAAAGAAUUAUUAAAGGAGGAGGAUAAGUGUAUUAAACUCAUGGAAUAAAUGAAGAUGGAUAACCAAUUUUAGGACCUGUGAGAGUAAAUCCUGGAAGAUUAUCUGUAUCAAGAACUUUUGGAGAUAUUGAAGCUAAAUUAGAGAAAUUUGGUGGGAAUCCAAAAAUAGUUAUAGCUGAACCAGAAAUAAAAUAAUUUAAAAUUAUAAAUGAACAUGAUUUUAUUGUUUUAGGAAGUAAACAUAAAAUAUAAAAUUAAAUUAGGUGAUGGUAUAUUUGACACUAUGAGUUCAAAAGAUGUAAUAAAUGGAAUUUGGAAGGAUGUUUAAAGUAAUUAAAAUACUAAAGAUUUACCAUAUAUGAUGUCAAAUGCAGUGGAAUCAGUAAUCAAAGAAAGUUUAUUACGAAAGACAACUGAUAAUGUUACAUUAUUAAUUAUAGCUUUCUCUAUAACACCUUUGAGAGAAGAAGAAAUAAGAGUUAAGACUAUAUCAUAUAUAGAUAAAUUAGUUAAAAUUCCAUAGAGUAGCAAUACAUCUAAUUUAAGAACUAGGUAUAUUUAUUUAUAAAUAUUUUAGUAAAUUUAAUGAUGAAAAUAAUCCAUUUUUUAUUAAUGCAUAAAAAUUAAAAUAAAAUCCAAAGUUAACUAAAUUCAAUUUUGAAGAUAAUCUUAGAUAUCGUUUAAUUGGUUGA